ACGUCUGACAUGAGUAAGUGGCUACUUGGUAAGAAAACAAAGGCAAGCGUCUCUGUUCUCUCCAGCUGCUGAGGUUUGACGAUGGAGCGUCUGUACUUUUCAUGAUGUGGAUGCAGGAGGAAAGCGUAAUCUUCCUGUCACUGACAUCUUGUGAAACAGCUCGUUUUGGGUUCACCGGAUUUCUACAUUACGCGCGAAUUUUCGACAGGAAUCGUUAAGAUCCACAGGUCUUUUGAUUGUCGAGCGUCGCCAUGGAGCAGCAGCUGCGUCCGCUUCUAGUUUGACGCGCUCGCGGAUGUUUGUAUCUCGGAAGGCUAAGUGAGUCUGAGACGCCGCCCUGUUGUUACAACUCCCAGCAUGGAAACUCACGGGAGGCUUGUAUUGCAUUUGCUAUUGCUGUUCAUAUUCGCUGUGGUGGAGGUCAGGCUGGUGUGUGUUGAUGUGCCAUCCGAUGGAGAGGCCAUUGUAGGCAAAGUUAAGAAAUUAACCUGCAUCUACUGCAUGAAGCGAGAGGAAAUCCUGGCUACCACCAAAGUGGAGUGGUUCUACACGGGCCAACAUAAAAACAAAACCAAAACACUUAUCUAUCUGUAUGAUCGUGAGCCGCAGGAGCCGAAGGAUGCAGAUGCUCAAUGGAAAGGCCGUGUAACGUGGACGGGCAGUAAGGACAUGCAGGACGUCUCCAUUAGCAUCCUAAAUGUCACUUUAAAUGACACUGGCACAUACGAAUGUGAAGUAACUCGCUUCUUUGAGUUUGAUUCAUUCAAGCUUUCCGCCAACAAGAACAUCGUAAUCAAUCUGAAGGUAAACAUGCGAGAAGUCUCGGAAGCUGAAACUAGCAAAUAUGCGAGUGAAGACAUCACGGCGCUGUACUCGGAGAUCAUGAUGUAUGUGCUGCUGGUGUUCCUCACCUUCUGGCUGCUGGUGGAGAUGGUCUACUGCUACAGGAAGAUUUCCAAAUCUGACGAGCAAGUGCAGGACACUGCGACAGACUACUUAGCCAUUCCCUCUGAAAAUAAAGAAAACCCGGGCCCUGCUGUAACGGAAUAAAAGUCACUCGCCAUUACGGUACUGAUGACUCUUAUCAACCGGUUUAUAAAGAGCAGGCACUUAUCCUGCCCUCCAAAAUCUCUCCAAGAGCUGCUCUGAGAAACCAGGAAACCUGCCAAAUCAAAUCCCCAUUGUCUUGAUAAUGUAACGUGUGGAAGAAACUCUGGACUGGUUCAUUAUCUCGCACUGUCUCAGCGGAGGUUAAUCUCAGACUGACGAGGAUCUGUACGUGUCUGUCCUCUACUCUCGCCUUAGCAGAGACACAAGAGCUGAAGAGCUAUCAUACUGCCUACACACGCACUUUCUCAAUCACUGUCAUCACGAUUCCCACCUGAGCCUUUCCCUCUUUGGUAUACGCUGUUCUUACUCUUUUGAUAGAAUUAGAUGAAACUUGCUUUUUAUUGUCGUGUUUUCUAAACAAAGAUUCUUAAGAUAGUAUUUUGUGUUUUUAAUUUGGAAAAAAAAAAUGCUUAAAGUCAAACAGCUAUGUGCCACUUUGCAAUUAAUAAUAAGUGAAACUGUGGCAUAUAAAUGAGGAAAUACUGUGUACAGUUGCAGAUGACUUUUGUGUGAUUGAAUGCAUGGGCCAGAUUUACUAACAGCGCAAUGCCUUUGUUGACGUUAAAGGAAAGUUCAACUCAAAAUGAAAACUUACUCAUUAUUUACUCUCCCUCAAGUGAUUCCAAACCUUUAUGAGAUUCUUUCUUCUGUUGAACACAAAAGAAGAUAUUUUGAAGAAAGCUAAAAACCUAUAAACUUUGACUUCCUUAGUAGGAAAAACAAAUACUAUAGAACGUUUUUCCACAGUAAAGGGUGAGUAAAUCCUGAAAGGUUUUCGUGUUUGGGUAAACUACGCUUAUAUGUAAAUUUAUACAACAGUUUUGUCUGGUUCUUGAAUCUGAUUGGCUGAUAGCCGAUUACUCCGCCCACAUACAGCGACAAGCAGAGGACACUCUAAAGUUUGACACAUAUUGCUGCUGUUGGACAACAUAAUGUACUUUUGAGGCUUUUUUUUAGUCGAGAAUGUAGUUGUUUAGAUUGCAACUAUGCUGUUUAUUUAAACGUAUAGUGCCUAUUUCAAAUAUUUUGACUAAGAGUCAUUGAGCAAAGACGGUUGACGAUGUUCAUCAGCUGAUCAAAUCAUUAUUAAACAGGUAAAUGAC